AGUCUGUCGCUGGGGCUUGCGGGAAGGCAGACAUGGCCGGGGUUGGCGCAGUUUCGAGGCUUCUUCGCGGGCGGCGCUUGGCGUUAACUGGGGCGUGGCCAGGAACACUCCAAAAACAGACCUGCGGCUUUCACUUCUCUGUUGGUGAGAACAAGAAGGCAUCAGCUAAAGUUUCAGAUGCAAUUUCUACUCAAUACCCAGUGGUGGAUCAUGAAUUUGAUGCUGUGGUUGUAGGCGCUGGAGGGGCAGGCUUGCGAGCUGCAUUUGGCCUUUCUGAGGCAGGGUUUAAUACUGCAUGCCUUACAAAGCUCUUUCCUACCCGAUCACAUACUGUUGCAGCACAGGGAGGUAUCAAUGCUGCUCUGGGGAACAUGGAAGAGGACAACUGGAGAUGGCAUUUCUAUGACACUGUGAAAGGCUCCGACUGGCUGGGGGAUCAGGAUGCCAUCCAUUACAUGACAGAGCAAGCUCCUGCCUCUGUGGUUGAGCUAGAAAAUUAUGGUAUGCCAUUUAGCAGAACUGAAGAUGGGAAGAUUUAUCAGCGUGCAUUUGGUGGACAGAGCCUCAAGUUUGGGAAAGGCGGGCAGGCUCAUCGGUGUUGCUGUGUGGCUGAUCGGACAGGCCACUCACUCUUACACACGUUGUAUGGAAGAUCUCUGCGAUAUGACACCAGUUAUUUUGUGGAAUAUUUUGCACUGGAUCUUCUGAUGGAAAAUGGGGAGUGCCGUGGUGUCAUUGCACUGUGCAUAGAAGAUGGGUCCAUACACCGAAUAAGAGCAAAAAACACUGUUAUUGCUACUGGGGGCUACGGGCGAACCUACUUCAGCUGUACAUCUGCCCAUACCAGCACAGGGGACGGCACAGCCAUGGUCACUAGGGCUGGUUUGCCUUGCCAGGACUUAGAAUUUGUUCAGUUCCACCCCACAGGUAUAUACGGUGCUGGCUGCCUCAUCACAGAAGGGUGUCGUGGAGAGGGGGGGAUUCUCAUCAACAGUCAAGGUGAAAGGUUCAUGGAGAGAUACGCACCUGUUGCCAAGGACCUGGCAUCAAGAGAUGUUGUGUCUCGAUCCAUGACUCUUGAGAUCCGUGAAGGAAGAGGCUGUGGCCCUGAGAAAGAUCACGUCUACCUGCAGUUGCAUCAUCUGCCUCCUGAGCAACUGGCCACACGUCUACCCGGAAUUUCAGAGACGGCCAUGAUCUUCGCUGGUGUGGAUGUCACUAAGGAGCCCAUCCCAGUCCUCCCCACUGUGCAUUACAACAUGGGUGGGAUUCCCACUAACUACAAGGGACAGGUGCUGAAGCAUGUGAAUGGCCAGGAUCAGAUUGUGCCUGGUCUGUAUGCCUGUGGGGAGGCUGCCUGCGCCUCAGUGCAUGGUGCCAACCGGCUUGGAGCAAAUUCUCUCUUGGACCUUGUAGUCUUUGGCAGAGCCUGUGCCCUGAGCAUUGCAGAAUCUUGCAGGCCUGGAGAUAAAGUUCCUUCAAUUAAGGCAAAUGCUGGAGAAGAAUCGGUUAUGAAUCUUGACAAGUUGAGAUUUGCCGAUGGAAGUAUAAGAACAUCAGAACUACGCCUAAACAUGCAGAAGUCGAUGCAGAACCAUGCUGCAGUGUUCCGUGUGGGGAGUGUAUUGCAAGAAGGCUGUGAAAAAAUCAGUCAGCUCUAUGGAGACCUAAAGCAUCUAAAGACAUUCGACAGGGGAAUGGUUUGGAACACAGACCUGGUGGAGACCCUGGAGCUGCAGAAUCUGAUGCUGUGCGCACUGCAGACCAUAUAUGGUGCAGAAGCUCGGAAGGAGUCCCGGGGAGCCCAUGCCAGGGAAGAUUACAAAGUGCGGGUCGAUGAGUAUGAUUACUCCAAGCCCAUCCAGGGACAGCAGAAGAAGCCGUUUGGGGAACACUGGAGGAAGCACACCCUCUCAUAUGUGGACAUCAAGACUGGCAAGGUUACUUUGGAGUACAGACCUGUUAUCGACAAGACCUUGAAUGAGGCUGACUGUGCCACCGUACCUCCUGCUAUCCGCUCCUACUGAUGAAACCUGACAGCUACAGGACCAGCUUAUGUGAUUAUAUAGCAUAGCUUACCUGCGUUUCCCCUCAUACUUGUCUUGGUAAAAUUCUGCUCUCAUGAACAAGGAGUCACUUCAUAGAUUGUGAUCAACAGCUUGGUAGUACUUGCUGUAAGGGAUUGAGUUGCGCCAGACUUUGUCUCUUUAUUCUUGUGCAGUGAUAAAACUGGCAUAAUUCUUAAGUGAAGUACAAAUGAGCAAUCUUUUAUUUCCAAAUAAAACCAUGUAGUAGUGGAUUUUAGUUCUAUCUAUUGGUCUGAAACAGCAAAUAUAAUUUUCUUCCGCUGUCUAGCUGCAGCACAAGUAUUGUUUUGUUCAUUCUCUGUGUGAAGUAGGGCAGGUCCUUCAUAAUUUGAAGGAAAGUUUGGAUAUGGUAAGUAUCGAGCCAGUGCCUUGUUUAGGUUCCUGGUGGGUAGAGGUAUAUGCAUAUGUCCAUGUUUAUUUGAGGGCGUAUGUGCUGGCUAGCUUUGUCAACUUGACAAAAAUCUAGCAUCACCUAAGAAGAGAGUCUCAAUGAAGGAUUGCUUCUGUUUGCUUGGUCCAUGGGCAUGUCUCUGAGGGAUUGGCUUGAUUAAUUUAAUUGUUAAGGAAGACAGCCCACUGUGGGCACCAUCAUUCUCUGGUCAAAUCAGUCUGGACUGUAUAAGAGCAAGCUGAGCCUUCCCCAUGCAUGCAGUUAUUCAUUGUCUACUUCUCACUGUGAAUGUAACUAGUUUCUUCAAGUUCAUGCCCUGACUUCCUUGAAAUGAAGGACUUUAACCAGCAAUUGUAAGCCAAAUAAACCCUUUCUCAAAGU